AUGUGGAUCCUUCGCCCAUUGCUUGCUCGGGGUAAAACAUGUGCUCCUCAAGGUUUACGUUUUGCCUCUACCAGCGUAUUCGACCGUAAAGCUUUACAGCAUAAUAGCAAGCAUAUAAAACAAGCACUUCAAGGACGCGACGUUGUGUUCUAUCAAGCACCCAAUGGAGUAAACCGCACAUUUAGAUUAUUGUAUAUCUCUGCUGGUGUUCAGCUCUUGUUCUGGGGCAAUUUGGCAAGUUUGGCCUAUGUCAGCUACAGCGCAAAAGAAAGUGAUGAGGAGGAUGCUCCCUUUGUAUUGGCACCUAAAGGACAGCGUAUGGCUAUUGCUGGUGGAUUGAUGAGCAUUGGUUUGGGUAUUGCAACUGCUAUGUGCUUGUAUCCAUGGAGAUACAUUGACAAGUUGAUUUUAUUACGAGGUGCCAAUCGCGUUCGACUCGUUACCCAUGCACGGAUGAUUGAAUCACACAAGAUUAAGGAGUACCCUAUUGAUCAAUUGUACUGCAAGCAAAAGGUGUUGACAGGAUUGGGUCCCUCUGGUAUUGAUCCCUUGGGCAAAACCAAUUCAUCACAUAUCUUUUUACGUGCCAAGGGUGAACGUAUGGCAUACAUGUUGGAUCGCAAGGGAAGAUUCACAGAUGUCAAAUUGUUUGAUGGUUUAUGGUACAACCCCACGGGUCGAUAG